AUGGCUACUUUCUCUUUUUCUUUUACCCGUCUAACAUCUGGUAAGAUCCUGAAUACAACUCUCAUAGCCAAAACUUCACACUUAUUAUUCUGCAAUCCUGUGAAAGCCCAACAAGUGCCUCAUUGUCUUAACGGGCCAGGCAGGUCUCCGGUGGCCAAAGGUAGCUUCGCAUUGCCUGUCUCAGGGGUUGAGGCAUUGAAAGCUGUGAAUCUGCCCAAUAUAAUAUGUUACAGACUUGCCGACGGGAGGCACUUCCAGUAUCGAGUUAUUGGGUUGUUCCCGGGGUUGAGGUUCCAAAGGAAAAGUGUUCGAUGUCCCCCGGAGACUGACAAGAGUAAGAAUGACUACUAA